AUGUUCUCGCAAAUCGCGCUCGCGACAGCUCGUCAGCUGCGCGCUGGUACCACGCUGGUCGUUCGUACUGCCACUGCCACCUCCGCUGCUCCCAGCUUCCUUCGCCGCGGCGCCGUUGUCUUCCAGCAGCGCGGUUACAGCUCAGCCUUCUCCAGGCAAUCCGCCGCCGAAUCGGACGACACUGCUGCUACGGCCACCAAGACCAAGAAGUCGACUCGUUCCACCGCCGCCGCCGCAAAGUCCAAGAAGCCCGCCACCAAGAAGCCCGCCGCCAAGAAGGCCGCUACGGGUGCCGCCGCGAAGAAGACCAAGAAGCCUGCCGCCAAGAAGGAGGCUGCGCCCAAGAAGAAGCCCGGUCCGGUCAGGAAGAAGCCAGUGCUGACGGAGGAGCAGAAGCAGAAGCUCACAAUCAAGCUGUUGAAGCAGCGGGCGUUCUUGAAGGAGGAGCCUAAAGUUCAUUUCAGUAGCGCUUGGGCCCUGUACCUCAGGGAUCACCUGAGCACCAUCAGUAAGCCAGACGAUGAUCGCGCGGCUCGGAAUGAGUAUAUGAGAAAGGCCGCUGUCGGUUACAAUGCGUUGUCGGCCGCUGAGAAGGAGGUCCUUGAAGCCAGAGCCGUCAAGCAUCACGACGACGCCGUGGCCGCGCGGGAAGCGUGGGUGCGCACCAAGACGCCCAUGGAGAUCACUGCCGCCAACCAUGCCCGUCAACGCUUGAAGCGCCUCGGUGCCAUUAAGGCCGUCCACCUUAUCCCCGAUGAUCGCGCUCCCAAGCGCCCAAGGACUCCCUUCUCGUGGUUUGUCAUGACAAAGAACAAGGAGGGCGUCUUCCAGUCCGGCGGCACGCCAACGGAAGUAAUGAAGGCUUUGGGCGAGGAGUGGAGGUCUAUGGAUGCUGCGGCGAAACAGCCUUACAUCGAUAACUGCGCAGUCGACCAGCAGAGAUACUACAGUGAGACCAAGGCUACUGCUGCUCAAUAUGCUGCUUAG